ACCCAGUUGGACUUCAGUUCGGUCUUUAACCCACCACCACCAUCACCGCACCAGCAUCGUAGGAGCAUCACAAUGAAAUUAUUGGUGUUAAUAGGUAUAGCAACACUGCUGGUUUGCAGUAUAUCGGCCGAAGAAAAGAAGGCCGAAGAAGCUAAGCCAGUCGAACAGGCUGAGAAGAAACAGGACAAACGUGGACUGUUCGAUCAUGACUUCGGUGGACACGAUUUCCACGAAUACGAGGGACAUCAUCACGAACAUGUUGAUUUCCAUCCUCAUCACGAGAAAACUUUGACUGUGGUCAAGAAGGUUGCCGUGCCGUACCCAGUGGAGAAGCACAUCCCAUACCCCGUCGAGAAACACAUUCCGUACCCAGUGAAGGUCGGAGUGCCAAAACCAUACCCCGUGUACAAGACCGUCCAUUACCCAGUCAAGGAAAUCGUCAAGGUUCCAGUGCAUGUCCCAGCCCCGUACCCUGUUGAGAAGAAGGUGCCAUACCCAGUCCAUGUUCCGGUUGACAACCCAGUCCCAGUCAAGGUGUACGUGCCAGCUCCAUACCCAGUAGAGAAAAAGGUUCCAGUUCCAGUUAAGGUCCAUGUCCCAGCUCCAUACCCAGUUGAGAAGAAGGUUCUUGUGCCGGUCAAGGUCCCAGUUCAUGUCGAGAAGCCAUACCCAGUCGAAAAAAUUGUCCACUACCCAGUCCAUGUUCCAGUCGAUCGCCCAGUUCCAGUUCACGUGCACAAACCAGUACCGGUUCCGGUUGAAAAACCAGUCCCGUACCCAGUAUACAAGAAGGUCCCAUACCCAGUCCAUGUCCCAUAUGACCGUCCAGUCCCAGUGCACGUGGAAAAACCAGUGCCAGUCCCAGUCAAGGUACCCGUGCCCGCCCCGUACCCAGUAGAGAAGCACGUGCCAUACCCAGUGUACAAGAACAUACCUUACCCGGUUAAGGUCCCAGUUGACCGCCCAAUCCCAUACACCAUCGAGAAACAUAUUCCAGUCGAAGUCGAGAAACACGUCCCAUACCCAGUUAAGGUCCCAGUCCAUGUUCCAGUGCAUGAGGAACAUCACCACGAAGAAAUCCACCACUUCGAAGAUCACGAUGGCCAUGAUUUCCACCACGAACACCAUGAAUAAGCGAAAAUUGUGAUAAAGCCCCUCCUCUCCUCUCCUCCUCUCACUCAUCCCGUAUUAAUAGUAGUUUCCUCGUUCCUGUUAUCUCACGCCAACAUACAACUAACCCAUCCAAAGAAACUAAUCUCUCUCAUUUGUACCAGACAAGAAUUACCUGAUUUUCAAUCCAAUCAUCAUACGUUAACGUUCGUGAUAUUGACUAAGUUACCAUUUGUUUUACGUGUAGAAGCUAAACAGACUACAAAUACUCACCCCGCAAAAAGCAAAGUCCGUCGUCCCAAGUAAUCGGAAAAGUUCGACUACAAACGAAGAGUGACUUUCCGUUUCGAAGGAAAGUCAGCUCGUUUUCGAUUAAUUUUCCUAACCAUACUUAAAGCAGCCAACAAAAACUGAGCGAAAGAAACUGAAUUGUUAUUUGUUUCACCAUUAUUAUUAUAUUGUACCAAUCGACCGAAGAGAGUGGAAAAACGUUGAAAAUACUGAUUAAAAAAAUAUACCAAAAAUCGUA